GCAGAAAUCAAUGAGAACCAUGCAGUGAAACCGAUCAAAGAUGGCGGCGCUCACAGGAGCUCUUCGAAAAACGUCCGCCUUUCCAAAAGGCGUACUACGUUCAGUUACAUGUGUAACAGAGUCACACCAACGGAAUGCAGGCACCUACCACCAUGCUGUUAUACCAAAGGGUAGAGGGGGGAGAUCCUCAUUCAGCGGUAUCGUUGCAGCAGUGUUUGGAGCCAACGGGUUCGUUGGGCGAUAUGUCGUCAGCAGACUUGGUCGUGAAGGGUCGCAGGUCAUGAUCCCCCACCGUUGCGAUCACUACAACCUGAUGCACUACAGGGUCAUGGGUGACCUGGGUCAGAUACUCUUCAGACAAUGUGAGCUGCGGAAUCACGAUUUAAUAUCGGACAUAAUGCAACAUUGUAACGUUGUCAUCAACCUGGUAGGCAAAGACUAUGAGACAAGGAAUUUCACCUUUGAGGAUACCAACAUUGAGGCGGCUCGUAAUAUCGCCCGUCUCGCUAAGAAGGCUGGAGUCAAUCGACUGAUUCACAUGUCGGCUCUCAGUGCUGAUAUGUCUUCACCCUCAAAGUUUCUCAGAACCAAGGCGGCCGGAGAGGCUGCAGUGAAGGAAGAGUUCCCAGAGGCCACCAUUCUCAAACCGGCUCAGAUCUUUGGCAGAGAAGACCGUUAUUUCAACCACUUUGCUAACCAGAGACUCUUUGGUGGUGUCCCGAUGUUCCUCUCGGCUUACAAGUCAGUUAAACGACCAGUUUACGUUGCGGACGUAGGUCAAGCCGUCAUUGAGGUCGUCAGGAAUCCAGACACAGCAGGCAUGACUUUUGAACUUGUUGGGCCGAACGGCUACAUCUUAUCGGACUUGAUUGACUUUAUCUAUCGAGUCACCAGACGUCCCUACAUCAAGUACCCAGUACCUAGACAUCUGCUACGCCUAGCGGCCGCUAUCAUGGAGAAAACUCCAUUCGAACCUUUGAUGACCAGAGACAUGUUAGAACUGCAACACACCUCUGAAAGAGUUACCCCAGGAACUCCAGGGCUUGAGGACCUCGGGAUCACCCCAACCCAGAUCGAGUUAGCCGCCAUUAAAGGCCUGCGUAGACACCGUGCUGACCGCUACUUUGAUCUUGGUAUAGACGAGGUGGAAGCUGCGCCGAUCGUCAAAUAGAUUCAAUCCAAGAUUAAGUUUCUAAACUAAACGACAAAAUUGUAAAUGUUAAUAUUGAUAGUUGCCAUUUAUCAGGCAUGAUAUUUCACUACCCCCAUAACAAUAUUUUACAAGUAAAAUGGCUAACCAAGAUGGUUUGUUGAAGACCUUUUCUGACUGUUAAACAACAGUCGGAUUUUCUGGGAGCAAAGAAAUCAGAAUUGGGAAGAAUAACAUACCUGAUCUAUGAAUCGCUGAAGGCCUGAUUUAAAGGAUUAGGGUACUUUUUGUUCACUCCCUGAACAAUAUUUUACAAGUACAUUGGCUAAAGUCAAGAUGGGUUUUUGAAGACCUUUUCCCGACUUAAAUAAAAAUCGGAUUUUAUGUGAGCAAAGAAAACAGAAUUGGGUUGAAAUGGGAAGAAUAUCACGCUUGAUCUAUGAACAGCCAAAGGCCUGAUUGAAUGAAAAGCUGAUUUAAUUGUGGACAUUGUCUCCACGGUCUCCUGUGGAAUGUUGUUGCACAGGUCAAUUAGGCAGAAGAGUAUACAUCUGUACCAAUUAUAUUAGGGCUAGUGUAUGCGCUAUUGAAGCACUUUUGUUUGGGUUGUGUUUGAUUUUAGUUGGUUGCUCCUACUUCUGGGGCAGCACGGAACUUUGAAAAGUUUCAUUCCGAUUGGGAAAAAAAAAAAUGUUCUGAAAGGUGUUUGCUUGGUGAAGCAGGCCUGGAAUUUCAUCGUGGAGAGGGCAAGGCCAUUUUCAUUCUGCAAAGAGCAAAUCUUAAAAGUGUCAGAAACUUUUGAAGGGGCACCACAGCCAAGAGCAGGGCAACAGAGGCCAUCACCUCCAUGUAAUUCCAGGUCUGUUGAAGCCUUCAAAUACUGGAAACAUGUCUUAAUUGAACGCCCCGCUUGGCUGCACAAAGUUUUCCAAAAGGAACAUCAAUGGUUCCCAAAGGUUAGAACUCUAAAGCGUUCUUGUCGAGGACAUGAAUCGUUUUUGGUAUCUUUAACAAAAAUCUGAAAAUAACAAAAUAACAAAUGUUCUUUGAAAUAAAACCUCUCGAUCAGUCCACUCAUUAUUUGUACAGAACUUUAUUUAAAAUUACAGAGUGAUUACAGAACAGUGAAUAAAUAAGUUAACACUGGUGUUGAAGAUGAA